CAAGAUGUGGUUUAAAGUUAUAUCACUCACAAUACUAUUCUACUGUAUAGGUCUGAUUUCAUGUAAAAGAGACGCGUCAAUCGGUCGCCAACGAUGCAUUCUUCGACUUCCUCACCACCUUUUUUUUCCAACAUUCCUUACGUGGGCGCGCGACAGCCACCCAACCAUCCAAUUGUUCACCUCAGUCAUUCCUUAAUUGAAAAGAUAUAAACGUCCUCAGCUGGACCGCUAGGAGAAUAUUUUAUUUAAUUAUAACCCAACGCUCCUUGUAGACUUUCUAUUCAUCCGUUCUUUUCAACCACUUCUCUUUCAAUCGACAGCUCUUCUUCGACACAGCGGACUACGCCACGGCGACUUACACCACACAGUCCCACCGCUUACACAUUGUUUUUACAAUUUGCGACUCAACAAAAUGAAGACCGCAGCUCUCGCUCUGCUCGCUUCGGUGGGUGUCUCUAAUGCCCUCAUCCAGCAGUGCAACGGCAAGGCUGUCGAUGAAGGAGGCAACUGGUACUGUGGUGCUGUCAACCACAUCCUCUACCAGGGCCUCGGUGGCAAGGGUUCCUUCAAGGCCGUUACUGGUAUGGGAUCUGGAGGCGAGUGCAAGUACGAGGAAAAGGCCUUCUCUGGCCCUCUUGCUCCCCUCGAUGAGGAUCUCUCCAUCCACAUCCGCGGUCCCAUCUACAUCAAGGAGGUCGCCGUCUACAACCUGUCCAAGGACAACUCCAAGAAGCGUGAGAUCCACCAGGCCCAGAAGCGUGUCCUCGAAAACCCCCAUGGCCACAAGCACAUGGAAAACCCCUUCCACGAGAAGCGAGCUGAGUGGAUCACUGCCACCAUCAACGGCGAUGUCGUUUCUUGGGAGAAGGUCUACUACGGCCCCAAGACCAUUGCACCGGUAGCCCCUACUGCUCCUACUGCUCCUACUGCACCCUCUGCUCCUACCGCGCCAUCGGCUCCCAAUGCCCCCAAGGCUCCCUCUGCGCCAAACGCACCAAAUGCGCCAAACGCUCCUAACGCCCCCAAGGCCCCUAGCGCGCCUAACGCACCAAGCGCUCCCAACGCUCCCAAUGCUCCUAGUGCCCCCAACGCACCAAGCGCUCCCAAUGCUCCUAGUGCCCCCAACGCACCCAGCGCCCCUAACGCUCCCAAGGCACCGUCUGCGCCUAAUGCUCCCAAUGCUCCCAACGCUCCUAACGCCCCGAAUGCUCCCAGUGCCCCCAACGCUCCCUCUGCCCCCAAUGCGCCAAACGCCCCUAGCGCUCCUAACGCGCCUACUGCACCUAAUGCACCCAACGCCCCGAGUGCGCCUAACGCUCCCUCUGCUCCCAAAGCCCCCAGCGCUCCUAACGCACCUAAUGCUCCCAAUGCGCCUGCUGCACCUAAUGCUCCCUCUGCUCCCAAGGCACCAUCUGCACCUAACGCUCCUUCUGCCCCCAAUGCGCCUCACGCACCCACAGCUCCCAAUGCCCCCAAGGCCGCUGCCAACAUGAAGGCCACUGUCAACCAUCAUUCUGGUCAAGAUUGGGACCGUGUCGCCUACUACAACUCCGAAAAGCAGCAAGCUGAUAAUGUCGUCUUCAUGGGCAACUACGGUGGCCAGGGAUCCGGUGUUUGGGAUUCUACCUGGGGCAACUCUCUCGCUUUCCUUAACGCUGAUGGCAAUGGUGGCUCUGCCAACCCCGAGAUCCUGAAGGAUGUCUACAUUCCCUCCAACAAGGAAUUCGCCAUUUUCAGUGGCGAGAAGUGCAAUGGCGAUUGCGGCUACGCUCGUUCCGAUGAGGUCGCUUACAAGGGCUUCAAGGGCGGCAACAAGGUCUUCCUCUUCCACUUCAAGAUGCCUCUUGACGGUAACCGUGGCUUCAACGGUGAUAUGCCCGCUAUCUGGGCUCUCAACGCUCGCAUUCCCCGAACUGCCCAGUACAACAGCUGUAGCUGCUGGGAGACCGGAUGUGGUGAGGUCGACAUGUUCGAGGUUCUCUCCAGUGGUGACACCAAGGCCAAGAGCACUUUCCACCUUGCCAACGGCGCUGGUUCUUCUGACUACUUUGACCGCCCCAUUGACAAGUUUGUCAAGGCUGCUGUUGUCUUUGACGAGGACUCUGCCUCCGUCUCCAUUAAGAUGCUGCCCGACAGCGUUGACUUCUCCGAGGGUCUCGACGAUGCCACCAUCCAGAAGUGGAUUCGUGGUGACAGAGUUUCCCACCCUGGCUUGAUCAGCAGUCUGUUCCAGGUUGCUGGCGGCCUCUUGUAAGUUGAGUUGGCAAAAUGAGGUUGAGAUAAUACCUUUCCCUUGUAAAUAGCUGCGUGUGACUUGUUCUGCAAGCUACACUGGGCUCUCCCUUGUAUUAACACUACUAUUUUGCUGUACCUCCAUUCGUUGGGUCAGCUCCUUUGUUUCUGCUUUUGGUUUUGGAAAACAGGUUUCUUCUUAGCAGUCUUUUGAUACUUGAAUAAUAAAUUCCUUGAUAAUUC